AUGCGGGUGCUGCACGUCGCAGUGCCUUUUCUGUGUUUGAGCAGUGGGGCUGCCACCUGCCUGGACGACGCAAUACCACCAUCCGAGCGAAAGAAUUUGACAAAUGUGGAAGGUGAAAGCUAUCCACUCGGGAUAUGGAUCGGCAAUUGGGCAUCUGGUCGGCUCAGUGCCGCCAUGGUCCAGAUCCUAAUUGAAGAACUCAUGGGUUUUCACGUGCGCACUGCCGAGGGGUCAGGAACUGCGAUGCAGAUGUACGCCAUGACAGGGUGUGAGACACCCACAAAUCCACAGGAUCGUGGAUGUGGACCUCAAGCUCCCAAGCAGACUUAUUUCCACGUCGGUAUGGAGGGUUGGACUAAACCGUACUGGCAGACAUGGGCAAAAAUCCAAAGGGACUUCCCAGCAACUGCUCCAGUAAACCUGGGGCACAUUGGAUAUGAUGGAGACGGAGGGCAGUUUGUUGCAUUCAACGUCGUUCGCAGAGCCUUUGAAACAGAAGGAUUGUUGUUGGACUUCUACGGCAGCUACCAUGCCUCGUGGCACACUCCAGGUGCGUACUUCGACAAGAUUACAGCUGUGAAUGUGUCCGACCUGACGCCCUGCAAUGAAAACCCAUGGCUGUCAGACCAAGAAACACUGCAGAUCUACGUGCAAGCCACCGGAGAUUACGAUGGUGUAGAAGAGGUGAAUGGGGAGCUGCGUGGCAAGUGCUUCUCAGGCUACUUUUGGUUUCCGCCAGCAUGUCGCGUAGACACAUCCAACUGUGUGCUGUUCUUGACAAGCGCAGGAUACGAAAUGUGGGUCAUGAUGCAGAGAGCGACAAUCUACAACAUGCCAGUGGCACCUGUAGAUGUCAAGGAUUGGGAGAGGUUCGCGAGUUUGCCUCAACAAAUCUCGUGCCUUUUCUACGCAUGGGAACCUGACCCGACCUUCUUAGGGCUUCAAGCCAAGAUGCUUAUGUUCCCUAGAUACAACCGGAGCGACUGGGAGCAAGGAUUCGCCAGCACUGCCGCUCAAGGUGUGCGUCUUGAAAAGUAUGCUAGCCAUGACCUUCAAAUUAUUGCGCCCACAGUGCGGGAGUUGCUGAGUGCUUUCUCAAUUAGCUUUGACGUUGUGAAUCAGCUCCUGGCAGUUCAAAAGGCCCAGGGCAGUUCUGCCAUGGACGUGGCAUGCAGCUGGGUGCAAAGAAAUCGUGACAUUUGGGAAAAGUGGCUGCCAGACACCACAGCAUGCUUCCCACAGUUCGGGCUUUUCGAUAAGGUGACGGAAAUAUUCAAGGAUGACAGGGAAGGUGACACCAGCAAUCUGAUUUGCAAGGCGUGCGGUUCAGGCUCUUUUUCUGCCAGCCUUCGCGAUGGCAAAGGCCUGACAUACGUAUGCCGCCCUUGUGCUCCAGGAUAUGCUCAACCCUCCGGUGCGUCCACCGCAUGCGAGCCAUGCCCGGUGGGAGAAUACCAGGAGGAGCCCGGGGCAUCGUCUUGCAAGCGAUGCGCUUUUGGCCAAUACCAGAAUGCCACGGGACAGAGUCAGUGCCGCAAGUGCCCUGCAGAGCGGACUACGUUGGGACUUGGCUCGGAGUCACUGGCUGAAUGUGUUUGCAAAGCUGGAUCUAUAGAAGAGGAUGGGCAGUGUGUUCCGUGCGGCAUUGGCCUUUCUUGUCCGGUCGCCAGCAAAGUUGCAGGGCUGACGGCCCACCUUCCUGCAAGCAGUGCAGAUUUCGAUCGGCCGUUCAUCGAGCACGGAUACAACAGUGAUGCAGAUGCCCCGCUCACAAUCUAUCGGUGCCGAGAACAUUGUCCAGGGGGUGCGCCUGGGACAUGUUCUGCUGGACGCAUUGGGGUCACCUGCGCAGAAUGCCCAGCGGGAAGUUUCGCGUGGGGUGACGGCACGUGCUCUGCAUGUGCUGAGGGGAACAUUUCUCUUUGGAUGAUCAGUGGCGGAGUUGUGUUGUUGCUGUGCGUUUUUCCAGCCUAUGCUCGGCUCACUGGGCCCUACUCUCCGAAGAUUGGUGCCACAGGCGUUGCGUGGUCCCUUCUGGGCUUGACCGUUGAAAUUGCUCAGAAUUUGCAGGUGGUGAGCACAGCACCCACCAGCUGGCCGCCAUUGAUGGUGAGAAUCACCAGUUCCGUGAGUGGUCUGAGCAGCAGCUUGAGCGGCCUGGGCGGCUUUGCCUGUAUAGGGCAUGCUGGCGUGGUGAUGAUGUAUGCCGGCCAGGUUUUGAUAUUUCCUGCUGUGAUUGGUAUCGUGCUGUUGACCUUCGGGCUCACGAAAUUGUUUCCGUUUGUGAGACAGGCUUGCAGCUGUGCAGGAGCAACAAGAAUGAUGGCAUGUUGUGGACGCCUCGCCCGCAUUUGUCGCAUUCCGCUCUUGCCAGAAAGGGCAUACACAUGGACCUGGUAUGGCACUGCUUGUCUCACAGGGAAGUUUUGCCAGUUGACUUUUCCCACCAUGGCAAAUGUGGGGCUUUCACCGAUGAUGUGCUACAGCCACCCAGGCGGACAGAAGUACAGCCUCAUGAAGUACAGCAACACCUUCUGCGGGACGAGUGAUCAGGUUGUCAUGGUGUGGGCUGGCGCUGGCCUAUUGACGUUGACCUUCUCUUUCCUGGCUCUUUGCAUUUGGAUUGGGCUCAGAGCACCGGCCCUUUCAGUCCAAGGUCAAGGAGCUGCAAAGUUUCUGUUCGCAGACUUCCGCCCGGACGUAUCGUGGUUUGGCCUGGUCAUGCUUGCUCGUGGUCUGCUCCUGUCCUUGCCCAGCGUGGUGGUCCCCGACUCACCAAAUGUGCAGCUCGUGCUGAUGCAUUCUGUGAUUCUGGUCUCCAUGGUCUUUCAAGCCUAUUUCCAACCGUGGAAAUCAUCGGCCUUGAAUUUGGUGGACACAAUUUCGCAAUCAUUGCUUCUGACCCUUCUGGGCAUUGGAUUGGGAGGGUUGGGGCACAGUGAAAGUGCAGUCCGUAUCCUUCACCUUCUUGGCGCAGUGUUCUGCAUCGCUCUUCUGGUGGCCCUUGGGUUGGCCUUUGUUGUGUUGACUCUCGCAAUAGCCGUAGACAAGAUCUGGGGCUAUUAUGCCCUGGGGCAGCAAAUUGCCAGCCUCGGGGCUGCUCCUGACUCAGCCUUCUUAGUUUACUUGUUGCAGGAAUUGACCGGCAGCAUGCAGAAGAAAGCUUUACAGCGAGAAUCCCUGGUCGCAGCAAUGGAUCAAUUUGGAACGCAUGACGCUCGUAUGAUCCUGAUGUCCUUGACAAUUCUGGAAAUGGAACUGGGCCUCUCGGCGCCCUCGGAAAGCCUUGACCCAGCGAGAGAUGCCGCUUUUCCAGUCGCCCGCGUGGGUUCCUCGACGAUCGCCAAGCGACGUGCCUCUUGUGAAACCGUGGUGCAGCGAAGCCGGCGAAGCUCAACGCACAACGAGUCGAUUUCAUUGGCGGAGGACCUUGUGGAUGGGGAGCAAAGUGCAACUUCAAACGGGUCCAAACCCCAUCUUGCAGCGGAUGUUCCUCCAGAAGUUCUGCACCUACAUCUUCGAAACCUAAAAACCGUGUUGGAACAGAAUGGGGAGCAACAACUGCAAGACAUCAAAUAUUUAGUCAGUGUCGAUACGUGA